UUUUGCCUUUACACAAAACAUUAUUUUUCUUCUUCUUCUUCAAAUUUCUCUCUCCACUUUUUGAAUUGUAACGCUGAACACAGUAAUUGCUGUUUCUCAUUGUCGUCUCUCACUAACCUCACCCAAAACCCAACUUUGCUUCCACCCAUUACUUGUAAACAAUCCAGCACCAUCGAUUUUGCUUCUUUUUUCACUUUCAUUCAACUCCAACAUCUACUCCAAGAUCCGCAUUUCUCCCUUUUCCUUUUCCAAAUUUUACUUCUAAAUCGUUAUUCCCCCUGAAUAAUUCGUUUCCGCCAUCUUCAUGUCGAUUCAUUCUCCCACUCUUCUUUCCUCUGUUCUGAUCAUGCAUGCAUCUCCAUUGUGAUGGUUUCAUAGAGGUCAAACUGUGUCCUCCAUGCACAUAAACGAUGGUGGUGGUGACGAUGAAGGAUUGGUAUGUUUUCUUAAUGGCUUGAGAUGUGUUUAAUCAUUUGAACCCUUUAGCCCCUUUUCAAUUAUGCACCUCUACUCUCUAAUUUUCAACAAAGAUAGUGUCUUGUUGAGAGGAUAAUGCUAUUUUGAUUCCUGGGUUUUCUGUAAAAUGGAGUUUGAGCCUUUGAGUCUAAGCAACGAGGUCAUUGAAUUUGAUAUGAUUGGUUUGGGGUACGAUGCUACCAUUGACAUGGAGCACCCUGUUGAGGAUGGUGAGGACCUUGUUAAUAUUGAUUAUAGUCCAGCUGCUGCUAAUUCUGUUCUUGCUGCUGGUGUGGGGCCUCACAUUUUUGGAGGGGACACUAACCUUGAACCUUGUCAAGGAAUGGACUUUGAAUCGGAAGAGGCUGCAAAGGCGUUCUACAAUUCCUACGCUCGCCGUGUUGGCUUUAGCACGCGGGUGAGCAUGUCUCGGCGCUCCAGGCGUGACGGUUCUAUAAUUCAGAGGUCCUUUGUGUGUGCCAAGGAAGGUUUUCGUGUGGAGAAGGAGAAGCAUUUGGUCGAUGGCAGAGUCAAGCGGCCACGUGCCGAAACCCGCGUUGGUUGCAAAGCCAUGUUGGUUGUGAAAAUUCAAGAUUCUGGCAGAUGGGUUGUUUCUUCAUUUGUCAGAGAACAUAAUCAUGACUUGGUUCCACCUGAUAAGGUGCAUUGCCUUCGUUCUCAUCGUCAUGUUGCGGGUCCGGCUAAGUCAUUGAUUGAUACUUUGCAGAGUGCUGGAAUAGGCCCAAGUGGAAUAAUGUCUGCUCUGAUAAAAGAAUACGGUGGAAUUAGCAAUAUUGGUUUCACUGAGCGUGACUGUAGAAAUUAUAUGAGAAGUAGUAGGCAAAGGACCCUUGGAGGUGACACUCAGAUCCUUUUGGAUUACUUGAAGAGCAAACAAGCAGAGAAUCCUUCAUUUUUCUAUGAUGUACAAGGUGACGAUGAUCACUGCAUGAGUAAUAUCCUCUGGGUUGAUCCCAAGGCAAGGACUAAUUAUACUUACUUCGGAGACACUGUCACCUUUGAUACAACAUAUAGGUCUAACCGCUAUAGAUUACCUUUUGCACCUUUCACUGGCAUAAAUCAUCAUGGACAGCCUGUAUUGUUUGGUUGUGCUCUCCUGAUAAAUGAAUCCGAGGCAUCUUUUGUCUGGCUUUUCAAAACCUGGCUUGAAGCAAUGUCAGGUAGACCUCCAGUUUCAAUUACUACUGAUCAUGAUAGGGUGAUCUGUGCAGCCAUCAACCAUGUAUUUCCCGGUACCCGGCACCGAUUUUGUAAGUGGCACAUUUUUAAGGAGUGCCAAGAGAAGUUGUCUCAUGUGCUUUCUGAACAUCAUAAUUUUGAAGCUGACCUGCAUAAAUGCAUUAACCUGACCGAGUCCAUUGAGGAGUUUGAGUCUUGUUGGACCUGUCUAACUGAUAGGUAUGAUCUCCAGAAACAUGAAUGGCUCCAAUCAAUAUACAAUGAUAGGCGGCAGUGGGUACCGGUGUACUUGAGGGAUACAUUUUUUGCAGAAAUGUCAAUAACACAGCGAAGUGAUAACAUUAACUCUUAUUUUGAUGGAUAUAUCAAUGCAUCAACAACACUUCAGCUUUUUGUGAAGCAGUAUGAGAAGGCUCUGGAGAGCCGUUUUGAAAAAGAAGUCAAAGCUGACUAUGACACUAUUAACACCACUCCAAUUCUGAAGACUCCAUCACCUAUGGAGAAACAGGCAGCAGGAGUUUACACAAGGAGGUUGUUUAUCAAAUUUCAAGAAGAGUUGGUUGAGACAUUAACAUUCUUGGCAAACAAAGUAGACGAAGAAGAAAUGAUUACCGUGUAUAGAGUAGCCAAAUAUGGGGAAAUGCACCGAGCCUACUUUGUCAACUUUAAUUCGUUUGAGAUGAAAGCUACUUGUAGCUGCCAGAUGUUUGAGUUUUGUGGUCUAGUUUGUAGACAUAUAUUAACUGUUUUUAGGGUGACAAACCUUCUUACUUUACCAUCUCAUUAUAUUUUAAAAAGAUGGACCAGGAUUGCUAAAAGUGGUGUCAUAUUGGAUGAACGUACUUCUAAUUUGUCAAAUGGUGCUCACGAAUCUCUAACCAUCCGAUUCAACAAUCUUCGUCACCAGGCUCUUAAAUAUGUUGACGAGGGAGUAACCUCUUCAGAAGUUUAUGACGUAGCAAUAAGUGCUCUUCGGGAGGCUGCGAAUAAAGUGGAAUCUGCAACAAAAAAUGAUGGAAGACAGGUUAUUGUAAACGGAACUUGUGAAGAAUACCUUCAUCAAAGCAAUGGAGUAACAAUAAGACGCAGUGAUCCUCCCUUUGGCUCGCAACAAUCUUCAUAUAAGGAUGAGCAGGAUAGAACAAUUGAGAAGUUGACACGGCAACUAGACCGAGCUCGAAGGAAAUGUGAAGUUUACAGAUCCAACUUGCUGUCAAUUUUAAAAGACAUUGAAGAGCAGAAGCUACAAUUAUCAGUUAAAGUCCAAAAUAUUAAGUUGGGAAUGAAAGAGUGAUUUGUUGAUAAUGGAGUUGAUUCAUGUAUUUCUUUCAUGUAAGUGUAGAUUCACCCUCUUUCUUGUAAAGCAUUUAGUUGGGUAGUGGAGUUGGAGAAAGCUUGGUAGAGCAAAUUUCUAACCAGUUUUCUAAUGACGAUAUCUAACCACUUUUACUGAGGGUUGGGUUCUUUGGUUUUCAAAACUGUGAAAGAUCACAUCUAUCAUAAGAGAUCCAAGAGUAAUUCAUACCAA